AUGUCCUACGAUUCUACCAGCCAGCCGAUAGCCGGCAUUCACACCUUUGACCUGCCAUCCGUGUGGCUCGGUGACAUCUCGUUGUGGCUGCGCACUGUAGAAUCCCGUUUCGCCCUCCGUCAGAUCACACGAGAGGAUACGAACUUUCACUAUAUUGUGACAGCACUCCCAAUGGACAUCGCCACCGACCUCCGCGACAUCAUAGGUUGCCCGCCCACAGAAGCCCCUUAUACUGCCCUAAAGGAGGCCCUGAUUUCCCGCAUUUCCCUCUCAACGCAAAAACGUCUCCAACGUUUAAUUUCUGAGGAGGACCUCGGUAAUAGGAAGCCUACUCAGUUGCUUAGGCGUUUGGAUCAGUCGGCAGACGGACAAAAGCUGGAUGCCACCAUGUUCAAGCAACUUUUCCUCCAACGGUUGCCUCCUUCUGUGCAAGCCAUCCUUGUGCCUAACAUUCCUUCAUCGACUGUUCAGAUGCUCGCGGAGACUGCUGACCGUAUACUCGAGUACUACCAGCCUCCUGUUACGGUUAACGUCGCUAGUCGAAGCACAACUGCCCCCACAAUCGACGAUGUUGUCAAACGUCUGGAUGCCCUCACUCUCGAAGUUUCCCAGCUCCGGGCCACUCGUGUCUAUAACCUUCGUAGUCCAGCAAUUUCUCGCCGCCCGAGACCUCCCACUCCAAACCAACCUACAGUUGAUGGUUUCUAUUGGUAUAAUCACAGUUAUGGUUCUAACGCCCAUCGCUGCCACUCUCCGUGCAAUUAUAAAACACUCGCGUCGGAAAACUCCCCUGCCGACCGUGGAGGCCGCACCGACGUGGUCUCAAUCGAUCGCUUGAAGGCGACUUAUACCGAGCCUGUUUCAACUUCUCCAACCGCACAACCUCCACUUGGCACAUUGCCACUUGCUAUUCCCCAGACUCCAUUAACGCCCAAUAACCCCGCGUCUUCCCUUAUCCCACAGACUCCUCCCCUUACGCGCAGCGGUCGUCAUGUCCGUUUCCCGACCGUUACCAACUUGUACAAUAUGCAUAACACUCCCACAUUUUCCUUCUAUUAA